GUAGUUGUCAGUCGGGACUCGUACUCCUCGGGGCGAAUGAAAGAAGAUGUCUGUGUCGGUGUGGCAGCAGUAGGGCACCUUUAAACAUGUCUCUUAAUGGAGGGGGAAGCAGAGGAUUUUACUUCAACACCGUCUUGUCUCUGGCCCGCUCCCUGGCAGCUCACCGGCAGGCGCCCAUAGAAAAGGUCCAGAAGCUACAAUGCAUGUGUCCCGUGGACUUCAGAGGAGUCUUCCAACUGGAUGAGAGGAGGAGAGAUGCUGUCAUUGCACUGGGGAUCUUUCUGGUUGAGUCAAACCUGCAGCACAAAGACACCAUCGUCCCAUACCUUCUUGGGUUGCUUAAAGGGCUUCCUAAAGUUCAGUGGAUUGAAGAGAGCUCUGAACGCAAAGGAAGGGAGAACCUUCCUGUCGCUGAGAACUUCACCUUUUCUCUUGUGACACUACUGUCAGAUGUUGCCCAGCGUGAUGAGACUUUACGAGGACAGAUCCUGGAGGCGCUCAUGGACAUCAUGCAGGUGCUGCAAGAUAUCUGCAAGACUCCGGAGGAUCAUGAUAAAGACUACCUGUGCAGGUACACUGUGCCCACCCUGCUUGGUGUUGCCCGAGCAUUUGGUCGUUACAGCAACACAGACGAGCCGUUACUGUCCAAGCUGUUCCCUCGGCCAGUCACUCCCGUGCCGCCUACAGCUGAGGAAACUGAUGCUGCACACCGACGGUCCUUCAAUGACUUCCGCUCCAUCCUGCCGAGCUCUUUGCUCACUGUGUGUCAGGGAGACACUCUGAGACGUAAAGGCUCCUCUGUGUCCAGUCAGCAGGCCAGUCCUGAGAGAGCCUGUCUGACCCCCAUCUCACCUGCUGACCCCUCUGCACACUACUUUGAAGGCUCAUACCUCCCCGACGGCAGCGCAGUGGACCCUGACUACUACUUCUCCACCAUCAGCUCCAGCUUCUCUGUCUCCCCUCUUUUCACUGGAAGCAGCACCGGAGAGUUUCACGUCCCUCUGGAUAUGCUCCGACAGCUCCUUCACAUGGUCGAACAAUUUGUCUCUGAGACAUUUUUAAAAUCACUGGAUGAGUCGCUGGCAGAACUUCUAGAGUUGAACCCUGGUCUUCAUCUCUACUAUAAAACCUUCAGUGAUCCUCUGUAUGUAGCCAUAUUUAAGAUGCUGAGAGACACCCUGUACAAUUUGAAAGACCUUCAGACAGACUACGUGAAGGAGGUUCAUGACUUUGUGCUGGAGCAGUUCAGCAGCAGCCAGUCAGAGCUGCAGAGGAUCCUGCAUGAUGUGGAGUACCUCCAGAGUGAACUGAGCCCGCUCAAACUGCGCUGCCAGGCCAACGCUGCCUGUGUGGACCUCAUGGUGUGGGCUGUGACUGAGGAGCAAGGAGCUGAGAACCUUUGCACCAAACUAUCAGAGAAGCUGCAGUCCAAGACGUCUAGUAAAGUCAUCAUCGCUCACAUGCCGCUCCUCAUCUGCUGCUUACAGGGUCUGGGUCGUCUGUGCGAGCGCUUCCCUGUGGUGGCGCACUCUGUCACCAUGUCGCUGAGAGACUUCUUGGUGGUUCCCUCUCCUGUCCUGGUGAAGCUGUACAAGUACCACAGCCAGUACACUCCAGCGGGUGGUGAGAUAAAGAUCCAUGUGACCAACGAGCACUCCCAGUCAACCCUCAGUACCCACUCCAGCAAGAAGAGCCAGCCGUCCAUGUACGAGCAGCUGCGGGACAUCUCCAUCGACAACAUCUGCAGGUGCCUGAAAGCUGGGCUGACCAUGGAUAAUGUCAUCGUAGAAGCUUUUCUCGCCAGUCUGUCGAACCGUCUCUACAUCUACCAGGAAAACGAUAAGGAUGCUCACCUGAUCCCAGACCACACCAUCAGAGCUCUGGGUCACAUCGCUGUGGCCUUGCGGGACACCCCCAGAGUGAUGGAGCCCAUUCUCCAGAUCCUGCAGCAGAAGUUCUGUCAGCCUCCGUCCCAGCUCGACGUCCUCAUCAUAGACCAGCUCGGCUGCAUGGUCAUCACAGGCAAUCAAUACAUCUACCAGGAAGUGUGGAAUUUGUUCCAGCAGAUCAGUGUGAAAGCCAGCUCCAUGGUCUACUCCACCAAAGACUACAAGGACCACGGAUACAGACACUGUUCCUUGGCGGUGAUAAAUGCUCUGGGGAACAUCGCCGCGAACCUCCAGGCGGAGCAGAUGGUGGACGAGCUGCUGGUCAACCUGCUGGAGCUUUUCGUCCAGCUGGGUUUGGAAGGGAAGAGAGCCAGCGAGAGGGCCUCAGACAAAGGCCCAGCUCUGAAGGCAUCGAGCAGUGCUGGAAACCUCGGUGUCCUGAUUCCAGUUAUCGCAGUGCUGACUAAACGGUUGCCACCAAUUAAGGAAGCAAAGCCACGUCUGCAGAAGCUCUUCAGGGACUUCUGGCUCUACUCUGUCGUCAUGGGAUUUGCUGUGGAAGGCUCAGGUCUGUGGCCAGAGGAGUGGUAUGAGGGAGUUUGUGAGAUAGCGACCAAAUCGCCGCUGCUCACAUUUCCCAGUGGGGAGCCUUUACGCUCAGAGCUGCAGUACAACUCUGCACUGAAGAAUGACACUGUCACUCCGGCGGAGCUGAAUGAUCUGCGUAGCACCAUCAUCAACCUGCUGGAUCCUCCUCCUGAGGUGGCUGCUCUCAUCAACAAGCUGGACUUUGCCAUGUCCACGUAUUUGCUGUCUGUUUACAGAUUGGAGUACAUGAGGAUGCUGCGUGCUCUGGACUCGGACCGUUUUCAGGUCAUGUUUCGAUACUUUGAAGACAGAGCGAUACAAAAGGAUAAAUCUGGAAUGAUGCAGUGUGUGAUCGCUGUUAGCGACAAGGUUUUUGAAGUCUUCCUGCACAUGAUGGCUGAAAAACCAAAAACCAAAGCCCAUGAGGAGGAGCUGGAACGUCACGCUCAGUUCCUCUUGGUCAACUUCAACCACAUCCACAAGAGGAUCCGCAGAGUGGCGGACAAAUAUUUGUCUGGCCUGGCUGAAACUUUCCCCCACUUGUUGUGGAGUGGCCGUGUGCUGAGGACCAUGUUGGACAUCCUGCAGACGCUGUCCCUCUCACUCAGUGCAGACAUUCAUAAAGACCAACCUUAUUAUGACAUCCCGGACACACCACACAGAAUCACUGUCCCAGAUACAUAUGAAGCCAGAGAGAGCAUCGUGAAGGAUUUUGCUGCACGUUGUGGAGAAAUCCUUAAAGAGGCUAUGAAGUGGGCGCCAUCUGUGACCAAAUCACACCUCCAGGAGUAUCUGAACAAACAUCAGAACUGGGUGUCGGGUCUCUCCCAGCACACCGGCCUGGCCAUGGCCACAGAGAGCAUUCUGCACUUUGCUGGUUACAACAGACAGAGCACCACAUUGGGGUCCAUGCAGCUGACAGAGAGGCCCGCCUGUGUGAAGAAGGACUACUCUAACUUCAUGGCCUCCCUCAACCUCAGGAACAGAUACGCUGGAGAGGUGUCGGGUAUGAUCCACUUCGCCCAGGCAGUCCGAGGACAGUCGGAUCUGAGCCGGCUGAUGAUCAAGCAGAUGGGGGAGGCUUUAGACUCUGCACAGCCUGAGGCCUUCACUGAAGCCAUGUUCAAACUGGCUGCCCUGCUCAUCAGCACCAAAGACUGCGAUCCUCAGCUCCUGCACCACCUCUGCUGGUCUCCUCUCAAGAUGUUCACGGCACACGGCAUGGAGACAGCCAUCGCUUGCUGGGAGUGGCUGCUGGCAGCUCGUGUUGGAGUGGAAGUACCGUUCAUGCGGGAGAUGGCUGGAGCAUGGCAGAUGACCGUGGAGCUAAAGAUGGGCUUGUUCUCUGACGCUCAGGUGGAGGCUGAUCCUCUGGCUGCGUCAGAGGAAAGCCAGCCUAUCCCCUGCCCUCCAGACGUCACCCCUCACCAAAUAUGGAUCGAGUUUCUGGUCCAGAGGUUUGAGAUAGCAAAGUAUUCCAGUGCAGAUCAAGUGGAGAUCUUUGGCAGUUUGCUGCAACGCUCACUAUCUCUGAACGUGGGCGGGGCUAAGAGUAGCCUCAACCGCCAUGUAGCUGCCAUUGGACCUCGCUUCAGGCUGCUGACUCUGGGUCUGGCUCUGCUCCACUCUGACGUCCUCACCAAUUCAACUGUGAGAAAUGUGCUCAGAGAGAAGAUCUACUCUACAGCCUUUGAUUACUUCAGCGUGUCUCCAAAGUUCCCCACCCAAGGCGACAAGAACCUGCGCGAGGACAUCAGCAUCAUGAUCCGUUUCUACGCCAGCAUCCUGUCCGACAAGAAGUACCUGGCAGCGUGCCACUUGGUCCCACCUGGUGAGCUUGGUACUACCCCAGCCCCGAGCACGCUCUCUGCCGGGAUAUUUGGAUCGCUUAUCGUGUCCAGCACUUCUCCGAUUUCUAUCUUAAAUAAUCAGGACUCGUCCUUGAACAGUCUGUCGGUGAUGAACGCUGCCGACCUCAGGAGCACCAUGGACUCCAGCGCUCGCUCCCAGCAGAGCGGGCAGGGAUGGAUCAACACCUACCCACUGUCCAGUGGCAUGUCCACCGCAUCCAAGAAGUCAGGCACGUCCAAGAAGAGCAACAGAGGAACGCAGCUGCACAAAUACUACAUGAAACGCAGGACCCUGUUGCUGGCCUUACUGGCCAGUGAGAUCGAACGGUUGACGACGUGGUACAACCCCCUCUCCACUCAGGAGCUGGCCAUCGCCACGGAGCAGUCAGUGGAGACCAGCAUUGCCAACUGGAGGUCCAAAUACAUCAGUCUGACCGAGAAACAGUGGAAGGACAACGUCAACCUGGCAUGGGGUAUCGCACCCUACCUGGCUAUGCAGCUACCAACAAGGUUUAAGAAUGACGCCAUCGUUGCCGAAGUAACGCGGCUGGUGAGACUGGACCCUGGAGCUGUCAGUGACGUUCCUGAGGCCGUCAAGUUCCUGGUGACGUGGCACACUAUCGAUGCCGACUCUCCUGAGCUGAGCCACAUCCUGUGUUGGGCUCCAGCUGACCCGCCUACCGGUCUGUCCUACUUCAGCAGCAUGUACCCUCCUCAUCCUCUCACCGCUCAGUAUGGUGUCAAAGUGCUCCGCUCCUUUCCUCCAGACGCCAUCUUGUUCUACAUUCCUCAGAUUGUGCAGGCUCUCCGUUACGAUAAGAUGGGUUAUGUGAGGGAGUACAUCCUGUGGGCGGCCCAGAAGUCUCAGCUUCUCGCCCAUCAGUUCAUCUGGAACAUGAAGACCAACAUCUACAUGGACGAGGAGGGACACCAGAAAGACCCGGACAUUGGGGAGCUGCUGGAGCAGAUGGUCGAGGAGAUCACAGGUUCUCUGUUGGGUCCGGCCAAAGACUUCUACCAGAGAGAGUUUGACUUCUUCAACAAGAUCACCAACGUGUCCGCCAUUCUCAAGCCGGUUCCAAAGGGAGAGGAGAGGAAACGGGCCUGUCUCAAAGCUCUGUCAGAUAUUAAAGUCCAGCCAGGCUGUUACCUACCAAGUAACCCUGAAGCCAUCGUGCUGGACAUCGACUACAAGUCUGGAACGCCCAUGCAAAGCGCUGCCAAGGCGCCCUACCUGGCCAAGUUCAAGGUGAAGCGCUGUGGGGUGAGCGAACUGGAGAGGGAGGGUCUCCGCUGCCCCUCGGACUCUCUGGAGGACGGAGAGGAGAAUCCAGACGGAUCACGCAGGGUCUGCUGGCAGGCUGCCAUCUUUAAAGUGGGAGACGACUGCAGACAGGACAUGCUCGCUCUGCAGAUCAUUGGGCUCUUUAAGAAUAUAUUCCAGCUGGUGGGCCUGGACCUGUUCGUCUUCCCUUACAGAGUCGUGGCCACUGCACCCGGGUGUGGCGUGAUCGAGUGCAUCCCAGACUGCAAGUCCAGAGACCAACUCGGCAGACAGACGGAUUUUGGGAUGUACGAUUACUUCCGUAACCAGUAUGGAGAUGAAUCCACCCUUGCCUUCCAGAAGGCUCGGUAUAACUUCAUCCGCAGCAUGGCCGCCUACAGCCUCCUGCUGUUCCUGCUGCAGAUCAAAGACAGACACAAUGGCAACAUCAUGCUGGACAGCAAGGGCCACCUCAUUCACAUAGACUUUGGCUUCAUGUUUGAGAGCUCUCCUGGAGGUAACCUGGGCUGGGAGCCGGACAUCAAGCUGACAGACGAGAUGGUGAUGAUCAUGGGAGGAAAGAUGGAGGCCACGCCUUUCAAGUGGUUCAUGGAGAUGUGUGUCAGAGGAUAUCUGGCUGUACGACCCUACAUGGACGCAGUGGUUUCUCUGGUGACCCUCAUGCUGGAUACAGGGCUGCCAUGCUUCAGAGGACAAACCAUCAAACUCCUCAAAGGACGGUUUAAUCCUCAAAUGAGCGAGAAAGAAGCUGCUGCGUUCAUCAUCAAAGUCAUCCAAAGCUGUUUCCUCAGCAGCAGGAGCAAAACGUACGACAUGCUGCAGUAUUACCAGAACCAAAUUCCUUACUAAAGUCUUCUGCCGGACCUCCACUGUACGUUCCAACACAAGCGUCUCGACACAAGCAAUGCAAACCGUCACUGGGACGGUUUUAAUAAAGCGGUGGGUGCACUUUACAUGUGUGUCCAUGUGUGUACACCACUCUGAGACAACGACACGGCACUUUGAUCCUAAUGCUUCACUUUUAUUCUGUAAUUUGUCGGAUUUUAUAACGUACCUCUGAGUCUUAGAGAACUUCUUGAUUUAACUUGGGAGUAAAGAACAAUGUACGACUUUUACCACAAGAGGUAUUUGAAUCACCCUUUAAGUAUUUUCUUCUUGAUGCUGUUAUUUGUUACGGACACUAACUGUCACACGAGAGGAAGAUGGCCAUAAAGGGAGCCAUAUUUACAGUGUUUGUCAAAGCAGCUGUUAUCAUCGUUAUCAUUUCGUCACUAUGCUGUUAUCGACUUUUAUGCACUUUAUAGAUCACAGUAUUUCAUUGGCUCAUCCUGCCUAUACGAUCACAAGCUUAAACAGAGAUUAUACGACAAUAAUCAGAGAUUAAAACAAACUGCCUGAUCAAUAAAACCGCAGUAUUUUUUAUUCAAGCUGAUCAAUGCAGGAAUCAAUCAACAUUUAAUCUAACUGUAGUCUUUAGGAAUGUAUUCAGAGAAUCAAACAUAAUUAUGCUGUAAUAUUUACUGUAGAAUAUUUACUGUAGAACCACAUCGGUCACAAGUAUUUUACUGUGAUUCACGUGAAAAUCGUAGUUACAUGUGAAGGACAUAUUAAUCAGAAGAUUUUAAUAACUGUGCUACUUUGAUGCUUAUCCUCAAAGCCGUCACGUUUAACCUCUUCAUGUCAGCUUUUAACUUUAUAUUAGUUAUUUAGAGGUGUUUUUUCCCACUACAGGAACGCAACGACCCAGAACCAGAACUUUUAAGAACCUGUGAAGCAUUAGUGCAAGGUUCUGUCUUUUGUUUCCACUGUGUUUGACAAACCAGGUGUUUUUUGGGGGUGUAUGUUAUUUAAAAACAAUUUUUUUUGUCCUGUUUGGUCGAAAUAAAUGGCCACAGUUCAUGCUUUUCAUGUACUACUUUUAAAUUUAAGUCACAGACCUAAGCAUUUUGUUUUCUGAAAAUAGUACGUUAUUUAAACAUAUAUAAAAACACUAAUGUUCCUAAAGUUACGACCCCAAAGAUCUGUGUUUUGUUCCCAUUGGCACCACCUAUGGCGAUCAGCAAUAAUUGCAGGUGUGUCUUGGGAUCUCACUUAACAAAAAUGCAAGCAGUGUCGCCUUUGUGACGUCAGUCAGUUGGCAUCGCCUGUAGUCAACACUCUUAAGUUCUUUGUUCAGCCGAAUUAACCGUUCACUCUCAACGCUAGCUGAGAUGGGAAAAAAUUAGCACCCUAGUUCACAACAAGUGAGUUGAAGAGCGAGUCUGUUUUGUUAGCUCCGCCUACCUUCUCUGGCGGACCAACCACUGCUGAGUGGUGUAAAUGUGUUUCUUUUCUAUGCUGUAGCCUACGCUUGUGGCCUACGCCAUCGUGAGCAUUUAUACUUAUGCCAUGUCACUCUGCAGUUAUACCUCCAAAACACUAGUCGGCGGCAGGGUUUCUGUGAAGUGCUGUAAAGGUUAAUGGAUUCAAAACGAGGGUGUGAUAACUGUCCGCCAUUUUUAAUUUGGCCAAUUAGAGCUGCGCUAGGCCAACACUGUGAUCAUAACAGAAUAUAGUAACUUAUGCUCACCUUAGAAAGGCCACCACAAGACAACGCACAUUAGCUAACAUGCUAACAUUAGCGAGCCUUUAUUGUCCCAGGAUUGUGCUUGCUGGCAGACACAACUGCGUAAAGCGAAGCUUAUGGGGAACCAGUCAGAACAGAAAAAAGAACAUGGUGGCCUUUCUAAAAUGAGCAGUGGUCAAAACUACUAUUUUGUGUUAUGACCAAGAGGGUAAUAAGUAGACAGCCUUAGCUAGCGUAAGCUAGCCUUCGCUGACUGCUAGCUUGCUAGCUAGUUGAGAAGUUGUUUACAAGUUUUAAAAAGGAACACGUAAUCCCAAAGACAGACUCAAACUUUUUUCAAUAUUUGGUUUGCCACAACCAAUUUUUUGCAUCUUGCUUCAGAAUACUUUAAUUAGCAUCACCUCCGUCCGUUUAGUUCGUAGAACUGUGGAAACAAAAGCAGAACCAUCGUCAGCAGCUGCACGUUAUGUUCCUGUGGUGGAAAAGGCCUUUAGGAACGGGUUGAUACAGCACACAGGGUGGAGCAGGAGCUCACUACAUCAGAUCUGUUUUUGUCUUGUCUAUUAAGACGUGUCCAAAAUAUGUUUGCUAACCCUUUACGAUAAGUGUACCCCUGUUUGGAGACAUUCCUUUUUGAGUAUCUGUGGAACCUGUUGGGUUUGUGUGUUGAUUUUGCUUGUACUGAUGCAGAUGAUGAUUAUACCUAAAAGCCAUUUCUCCUACCCUUAGGUAGAAACACAACUGUAGUAAUACUUGACAAACAAACCCUAACCUUAUGCAAUAUAUUCAUGUAUAUUGAUGCUGUAUUUGUGUGUUGUGUUCAGCAAAUGAACUCGCUAUAACUCCUGCCAUCCCGAUCCUCGUGUGGGAAGUGUUUUACGUUGCAGCUCGGACUCAUGGCCGUUACAUAUUUGAGUAUAUUUACAGCAGUAUUUGUGUGAUGGCUUCUACAGAGAGACGUGACGCUGCUGUGAUCAACUCUUUACAGAGCCAUUUUUAAUGUAGUGGAUUUUAUUGAGUUGCUGUAUUUUAAAUGGGUUCGUCACUCCUGAUGUCGGCUGUUAUCUGUCAACCAGAUAUGUGAUGUAUAAAUAUAUAUGUGUGUGGUUUUUCUGUUUGUAUUUGCUCCGAUCGUGGCGACAUCAUUGCCGGUUCAGAUAACAUCACGUCUGUUGUUCUGAUGAUGUGUGAAAAUUUCUUAUUUCCAGAUUAAAUGUGAGAACAUUUCAUCAGUAC